AAGUCCUGACAUAAUAGGAGUUAUAGCCCAGAAGCAUAAUGACUCGGUACAAGUCCAGGCCCUCACUAUUAGGGCGUAUCAUUCAUCAGGCCAUGAUUAUACGGCAGGGUCGAUCCUUCAGUACAUCGACAAAAGCUCACCUCAAACUUGCAUAUGAGCUCUAUGAGCCAUCCAGUUCGCGAGCCAUAGGACAUGACAGUCAUCCUAUCAUCUUUUUACACGGCCUUUUUGGUUCAAAGAAGAACAACAGGAGCAUCAGCAAGGUGCUUGCUCGCGACCUUGGGCGGCCGGUCUUUGCUCUAGAUCUACGGAAUCAUGGCGAGUCGCCGCAUGACCGCCACCACGACUAUACCUCUAUGGCCUCGGACGUGGCAGGAUUCAUCAUAGACCACAACCUGGAUGAGCCCACGAUCAUUGGCCACUCAAUGGGCGCCAAGACUGCGAUGGCACUUGCUCUGCGUUCACCGGAUCUGGUGAGAAACAUUAUCUCAGUAGAUAAUGCUCCGGUCGAUGCAGUCUUGGAAAGUGGAUUCGGUAACUACGUCGAAGGCAUGAAACGUAUCGAAAGAGCUGGUGUCAUGCGCCAAGCUGAGGCUGAUGACAUUUUAAAAAAUCACGAAGAGUCUUUGCCAGUUCGCCAAUUCCUCCUUGCGAACUUGUAUCGACCGCAGCCGAAUAAGCCGCAACAAUUUCGAGUUCCUCUUGAUAUCCUUGGUCGCUCCUUAGGGCAUAUGGCGGACUUCCCCUUCAAGAAUCCGGAAGAAACUCGCUUUGAAAAGCCUGCGCUCUUCAUCAGGGGCACAAGAAGCAAGUACGUAGCCGAUGACGUCUUGCCACUUAUCGGGCAAUUCUUCCCACGGUUCAGAUUAAUAGACGUCGAUGCUGGCCACUGGCUCAUUUCAGAGAAACCGGAGGCAUUCCGUGAAGCCGUCGUCGACUUCUUGAGUACCUCAAAGUAAGCACGAUGAACAAAUUGAUCUAUGUUAGGCUCGCAUUCAAAAAGGAUAUUGGCCAUAGCUUUUAUUGCUCCAGCGGUACACCAUCCACCUCUCGCAUUCCUCCUGUGAUGCCAAUGAGAUUGAUGUGUCGUUUGAUCACGUGUGGUAUAUUAUACUGUGCUCAGACGCGAGGCAGCCGAGCUCAAUAGAAAUCCCCUUAUUGUCGGCACGAAAGCAUUCCAUGACAAUUGGGCACUCAGCGAGAAUCACAUGAUCCACGCUUUCGUAAUGCGCAGCUAACGAGUGUUUAAGCGUAUGAAGUGCGCAAACACUUGCCGUACGGAAUUGCGAUCACGUCAAGAUGAAGGCACAAGCACACACUGGCGAAAUGUACUUCGAGUCUCUCACGAUACGAUGCCCCAGAUUCUUGUUUUGUGACCGUUUACCAUUUUUCGGUAACCUAGACCCGCAGCCGCCUGUAUGGUACGCCAUGUGCAACGACUGAAACAAAUGCCGAAGCUGAUUGUCGGCCAAAAAGAAGCCGGAGUCUUCCUGCUGCCGUUUCCGUCUCCGACCAUGUCGUCAUCAUUCUUUACACGUCCUCAAGGACGCGUUCCUUGAACUCCCGC